AUGGGCUCCAACGAUACGACGGCACAGUCUUCGUCGCGGCAAAGGGAAAUACGCAAUGAAUACAGAAGAGGCCUUUCUUUUGAGUUAGAAUACGAGAAACUGCCAUAUCUGGACUUGGGUACGAGCGCAGAUGGUAAGCCCAUUUAUCUUCCCAUCGAAUGGUGUGUAAUUUACGGCAAGGAUAACAAAAGUAAUCAAAGACUCCGACGUCUUGUUUCCCAUGAAACUCCUCCUGACCUGAAUUAUCCUGAAAUUACGAAUCUUGUUUCUGAAACUCCACGGGAGCAACCUGACCUGAAUUAUAAUGAGCUGCUUAAAAUAAAAUGGCAACUCGUAUUGCUUGGUCAAAAUGAUUUCAUGGCAACUGUUGUCGAGUUCUCGGAGUCUAUAGAAAUUAAAUGCGGAGAACCCAUUUAUGAAAUUGACAUAGAAAUUAGUAAUGCCCAAGAGCUGAAAGAAAAAUUAGACACUGUAAUGGAAGGCACAAAGAUUCUCCUGUGCCUCAUGGAGAAGCAGGACAAGCCAUUUGAAAGGGCUCUGAAGCGAGAGGCCGAAUUGGAGAAAGGAAUCCUAACGCAAUUGUGUAAACUCGAAGAUGUCGAGCAUUACUACGAUCUGUAUCACAAACACAACAAUUAUGAGGAUUUAGUUGAAUUGGCAGGUUCAUGGUAUGUGACGAAUUUAGCACAGGAGAUGAUUGCAAAAACAGGGGAAUACAAAGAUAAACCUCUUCUUCCUCACACUGCAUUUCCCCCGCGAUUUAAGUUGAAGAAGCCUAAUUGUGUCGUAAUGUAUUUGGGAUGUAAAGUGAUCAACUACUCUUUUGCUCAUCUAACUGUUAUGGUUGCAAAUAUUAGCAGAUCAGAUCGUUCUACUUCUGAUUACGUGGCCAGAGUUGCCCUCGGCGAUCAUAUGCAAAGCCUUCCGGCCCCUUUUGGUGAGCUGCUUCAAAAAUACCGUGACGAAAACCCGACAGAUUUGCCUGAUAGGAUCAUUUUCUUCAGAGAAGGCUUUGUUGGAAACGGAGUUGAAGAGAUGUUGCGAAAAGAAGUCGAUGCUCUGAGAGAAAAACUUGAUUCUCUCAGAGAAAAUGUCGAUCCUCUCGGGGAAGAACCCGAUUCUCCGAAACCUUUAACAAUAUAUUCUCCCAUCACUUUCAUUGUUCGUGACAGAAAGAUUGGCGCUCGCUCUGUGAAUGCAGGUGAUGGGAAAGCAUUUUACAGCAUUUUCUCAGAUGAGAGUGCGAUUUGUUGCUCUAAAUUUGAGACGUUAAUGAGGAAUCUUUCGUAUUCGAGGAGAUACCCGAAGCCCCUUCCGGUAUAUUACGCAAAUCGUGCGGCCCGUUUGGCAAAGGUGUAUUUGGAAGGAGAGAUGAAUCCCGAUCCGAAUAAAAUGGAUAAAAUUGCGAAGACCAUAGACAGGUCCCUGUACGUCCGUGAAGACUGUUAG